AGAAGGCCGUCCUUCAUUUCAUCAGGACACUGCUCAGUGUGCAGGGCCUGGAUGACUGGGCCUGGGACUUAGUGGCCUAUAUUUUCAAGCAGUCCAGCUUGUCUGGCAGCCAAAUGAAGUCCAAAAACCGUUCCAGUCAAGAUGCCGAGGAGGAACAGAGCAUCCGAGCCACCUGUGUGGAGAUCCUGGAAAAUCUGGAUGUCUCAAUCAAUGGCAUGAGCCAAGUCUUAUGGCCCCGGCUGCUGGAGUACAUAGUGCCAGCUCAGUACAGCUGCACUCUGACCCCCCUGUGCCGAUGCCUCGGGGACCUGGCUGAGCAACCGCAGUGGGAGGGAGAAGAAGCAGCUUGGAUGGACCCCAGCAAAGGAGGUUUGAAAUCCAGAUCCCUGUGGGAUGAACCUGCUCCACCUGCCUCGUAGAAAGUCUUCAGUCUCAUCCAUGCACUACGAGGAGGCCCAAAGGCGGGAGGGACAGUUGGGUCAUUACAACCUGGGAGGGGGAGCCAGGCAAUGUGGGCUCCUCCAACCCACAGCUGCCCCAGAUUUAUGCUGUGCCAUAGGGGAAUCCCAGGGCCUUUUUGCCUUAGCUUCUCCGCUUAUCCAGUGAUGAC